AACAGUGACCAAGGAGCUAUGGACCAGCAGUUUUGCCUCCGCUGGAAUAACCAUCCGACAAAUUUAACAGGUGUGCUAACUUCACUAUUGCAAAGAGAAGCUCUGUGUGACGUUACAUUAGCUUGUGAUGGUGAAACAGUGAAGGCACAUCAAACAAUUCUAUCAGCGUGCAGCCCUUAUUUUGAAACAAUUUUCCUACAAAAUAACCACCCCCAUCCUAUUAUUUAUUUAAAAGAUGUUAGAUACUCAGAAAUGCGUUCAUUACUUGAUUUUAUGUAUAAAGGUGAAGUAAAUGUUGGACAGAGUUCAUUACCCAUGUUCUUGAAAACAGCUGAGAGCUUACAAGUUCGAGGCUUAACAGAAAAUAAUAAUUUUAAUUAUAGAACAGAAUCAGAUAAAAGUCAAGAAUCAGCGACAUCAUCACCAACUAGUAGAACAAAUUUUGAACGUGAAAGCCGUUUAGAUAGAGAACGUGAACGUUUAGAAAGAGAACGUGAAAGAGAACGUGAACGUGAAAGAGAACGUGAAAGAUGUAGUAGUGCUAGCGGUAUUAGUGGUAGCACAAGUAAUAAUAGUGGUGGUAAUAGUAACAUUAAUCGUGAUAGUGGCAGUGGUCAAUGUAUUGGAGGUGGUCCAAAUGCAAAUGCUGCUAGUCUUAUGGAACAUUAUCGUGGUAACAGUUUAAGUGGGAGUAUUGUUGCUGCAGCUGCUGAAGCAAUUAAAAGCGGUUUAGGUUUAGGUAAUGUUGUUGGUGGUGUUGGUGGAGUUGGUAGUAGCGGUAGCAGUGAUCGUUCACCAAGUGUUGGUUUACUUGGUAGCAGCAGCAAUGAACGUAUUACCAGCCAUGAUAGAGGCAAUCGAAGCAUUGAACGUGAACAUUGUGAUCGGGCUGAAAGUCGUGAUGAUUUAAUGCAAACACAAGAUUAUACUAAAGAUAGAGAUCGUGAUAGAGAAAUGUCCACAACUCCAGUGGAUCAUUGCAUUAGUAGUAAUAAGAAAAGACGUAAGGACUCAUCCAACUGUGAUAAUUCUUCGACCUCGACGCAUAACACAAAUGUACAGGACAGACAUUACACUCAGGAUUCUCAGGCAUCUUCAUGCAAUUUUAAAUCAAGUCCGGUGCCAAAAUCCGAAGCUGGUGAUGAUAUAAUUGGUCGACGUGAUUCACCACUUUCAAAUCAAGGCGUUGAAAGAAAUCUUAGUACUAGUGGUGGUAGCCUCAGUCAGUCGCUUAGUAUUAAACAAGAAUUACUAGAAGCCCAACAACAUCAUACAUCUCUACCGCCAGAAUUAUUAGCGAAAACCGUACUUUUGGAUUCGGAACGUGCACGGCAAAAGAAUUUAACACCUGCAAUAACAAUGACGGCCAGUUUAGGAGAUAGUUCAAAAUCAUUUGCUUAUAGACAUCAAAAACCUAAAAUUUAUUCUGCACCAAAUUCACCUCCAUUAUUAUCUCCACUUUCAACACAACAACUUAGUCUGCAGCGUGAAUUUCAGUUACAAGAAUCACCAAACAAACAACGUUCCUAUUAUUCAAUACAACACAUCGAAAAACAAUUGCAAGAAAUGCAACGGCAAGAAUAUCAUCAACAUCAACAGCAACAAGAACGUGAACAACUUUAUCAUCAAUUAAGUUCUCGUCAAGCCAGAACUUGGAUACCACCAGAGCUUUCGAUAACAAGUCGUUCCGACAACAAUUAUUUCAUUUCAAGUGGAGGAAAUGUUUCUGAACAUUUAGCACGUCAAUUGAAUACAUCAAAUCUGUUAUCUCGUACAGAAUUUUAUAAUGAAAGUGUAAGAUCAGGUGCUGGAAUGAAUCCGUAUAGAAGUAACAGUAACCCUGCUAAUAAUCAGACAGGUCCAUUAAAAUCAUAUACAGAACAUCAUCAACAUUUUCAACCACCUUUUAAUUAUCAAAAACAAAUGCAUUCAAUUUUCAAUCAACCAUCAUCUGGCAGUAAUAAUCCAUCUAAAUAUAUAUCGAGAUCAAAUUCACCACAUAGAUCACAAUCUUCAUAUGAUACAUCAACUAUUGGACAAUAUAAAGAAUCUACUUCAAAUCAAGGUGGUAAUAAUCAGAUUGCAGGAAAUUCUGGUCAAAGUACUUCAAGAAAAUCUGGCCGUUUCCGUAUAAAUUGGCUUGAUCAAUUUGAAUGGUUAAGAUUUGAUGAAAAUGCUAAUACUAUGUAUUGUAUUUAUUGCCGUAAAUGGUCAAAUGAUAUACCAGACAUAAGAACAUCAUUUGUUGAAGGCAAUUCAAAUUUCCGUUUAGAAAUUGUAAAUCAUCAUAAUAAAUGUAAAUCACAUCGAUUAUGCCAUGAAAGGGAAAUGCUUGAUCAAAAUCAUAAACAACAGCACCUGCAGCAACAACAAAAAUCAAAAGAGCAUCAUCAAUCUGAAACAGAUGAAAAAGAAAAAUAUAAAGAAGCUUUAAAAGAACAAAAAUCUUCAAAACUUACAACAUCUGAAAAAUUAACUUUGAAAACUGGAGAUCAACAAUGUUUAACAGAAAAAUCUGCAAAACUUUCUGAGAAGAAUGUGAAAAAAAUUGAAGAUGAUAGCAGCGAUGACGUAACAAUGAUUGAAGAAAACGAAGAAUCUAUAAAAAGCUCUGGUUUGAAGUCAUUACAUCCUGAAGACAUGUCACUUUUAGCAUCACAUGGUCUUUCUUCAGUUGAAUCACGAGAUGAUAAUAAUGAUAUCAAACAAAUGCAAUUAGAUACAUCAGACAAUAUUGAUGUAAAAAACGACCGAACUGUUGUUGUGAGCCCCACAAAUGGUCGUAGUGGACGUAUACGAACAAUUUCUGGUACACCAUUAUCUCCAGCAUCAUCAUCAUCAUCGGUGGCAUCACAUUUACAAGGAAAUAAUAAUGAAAAUAGCAAUAAUAAUUGUAACAGCAAUAAUAUUAAUAAUAACAAUAAUAAUAACAAUAAUUCAAAUAUACAACAUCAUUCCCCAUUGAAAUUAUAUCCGCAUAAUGCACAUCAAUCUGGUAAUCAACAUCAUUUACAACAUCAUUCAUCAAUUAUUACAAAUGAACAUCAUCAAUCAAAUAGCCGAGGAUCACCUGGACCUGGAUCAACAUCAACGGCUGCUGCUGCCGCAGCAGCAGCUGCUGCAGCUGCAGCGGCAGCAAAUCGUCGUGAUCAUAAUAUAGAUUAUUCAGCAUUAUUUGUACAAUUAUCUGGAACUUUACCAACACUUUACAGAUGUGUUAGCUGUAAUAAAAUUGUUUCGAAUAGAUGGCAUCAUGCAAAUAUACAUAGACCACAGAGUCAUGAGUGUCCUGUUUGCGGUCAAAAAUUUACACGUCGAGAUAAUAUGAAAGCUCAUUGUAAAAUAAAACAUGCCGAUAUAAAAGAUAGAUUCUUUAGCCAUUAUAAUACCCCUCGAACGACCGCAGAUUUCACCGUCGUUGGAUCAAAAGCAUGGCAUAUGCGCCUUACAUUUGAACGAUUAUCUGGCGGUUGUAAUUUGCAUCGAUGUAAACUUUGCGGUAAAGUUGUUACACAUAUACGUAACCAUUAUCAUGUACAUUUUCCCGGCCGCUUUGAAUGUCCAUUAUGCCGAGCUACAUACACAAGAAGUGAUAAUUUAAGAACACAUUGUAAAUUUAAACAUCCAAUGUAUAAUCCUGAUACUAGGAAAUUCGAUAAUAUUAUGUCAGCAGCUCAGGUAGCGGCAGCUGCUGCCCAAGUCUCAUCCCAAUCACCUACAGCGACGCAAAUUGCAGCAGCAUCACAAGCAGCAAUGGCAGCAGCAGCAGCCGCUGCUAUUGCUGCUCAACAGCAACAACAUCAUCAGCAACAGCAACAUGCAGCAGCAGCGGCAGCGGCUGCAGCAGCUGCUGCUCAUCAACAAGCUCAAAAUAACCAAACACAUUUACGACAUCAUCAAGAACAGUUUCAGCAGCAGUAUCAAAAAUAUAAUGAAUUGAAAUUUCAUCAAAAUCAGCAAUGUUAUGAUAAUAUUUCCGCUGGUAACGCUAGUGGUACCACAUCAAGAACAUCGUAUGCAACAAAUCAGCAUGAUAAAAACUUUAAAGAAUUAGAUAAUAAGAAUAUAAUCUCUUAUAAUUCUAAAGAAAGAAAAAUUGAAAAUAGUAGUUACAAUAGCCAUAUUCUAGGAGGACGUCAUCAUUUAAUGGCAACACCGUUAUCUACAUCAUCUGCUUCACCACCACCAACAACAUUUCCAAUGCAUUUAGCAGCAGCUGCAGCUGUUGCUGCCGGUCUUAAAGGUGAAUAUCAUACAUCACAUUUACAACAUGGUUCACAUCAAAUUGGUGGUGGCGGUAAUAUACAUGAUCCAUAUCAUCGUAGUCCAUCAGCUGGUAGCAUUGGUAGUGGCAUUGGUUCAACAACCGGUAAUAAUUGUCGUUUAUCAGGUAGUGGAGGUAAUGGAGGAGGAGGUAAUAGUGGUCUUGGUUCACAUCAUGAUCAAAAUUCACAUCAUCAAAUGUCUUAUCAUAAUAUGUUUAUUCCAUCACGUGAUCCUGGCACUAUGUGGCGCUGCAGAUCUUGUGGCAAAGAGGUUACAAAUAGAUGGCAUCAUUUUCAUUCACACACAGCUCAACGUUCUAAUUGUCCAUAUUGUACUGCAUCUUAUAGCAGAAUUGAUACUCUAAGAUCACAUUUGAGGCACAAACAUCCAGAUCGUUUAUUAAAAUUAAGUUCAACAAUCUAAAAAUAUAUGAAACUAAAAAAAAACCUUAAAAAUUAUAAAUUCAAAUCAAAAAAAAAAAUUAAUUAAACGACACUGUAAUGAUUUUUAAAAAUUAUUAUACAAAAUAGGAGAAAAAAAUCGGAAAUAUUUUAAAAAUAUAUAAUUUAAAACCAAAAACAAAUAAAUAUAUUAUAGUAUAAAUGAACUAUUUUUUUAACAAAGAAAAAAAAACAAAAAGAAAAUGAUAAACAAAAAAAAAACAAGACAAAGAUCCUCGACAAAAAAAUUAACUGACGUUUUUAGUCGAUACUUCUUGGUGUACAAAAGAAAUAGGUUUAGAACUUGGGUAAAUAAAACAUAAUGUAUUUGAAAUACAUAAAAACAGCAAUUUACAAGAAAAUAUUAAAUUCAAAAUAUUAUUAAAAUAAGUAAAUUGCUUUUAUUUGUUCCUUGCUAUCAUAAUUUAAAUUUUAAGUGAUGUAAUAUAUAUUAACUAAGCAUAAAAUAAAAUUUUAAAGUAAACUCAUAAUAAAAAUUUUUAAAUAAAUGUUUAAAAUAUUUAUAAAAGUAAUAAUAAAAUUAUUAUAAAAGCUAAAAGAAAUACCCAAGGUACCCAUUUGUAUAAGUUCUGAGCGCCAAAAUUAAAAUAUUAUAUUUUUAUUUUCUUACAAUUACAGCAUUUAUUUUAUAAAUAAAUUUAAUUUUAGGUGAAUUAUUGUUUGCUCCUUUAUUGUAAUUUUUUUUAUUUUAUUUUAUUUCAUAUUUUUUUG